AUGCAUGCCUCUGGCUACUACUUAGUAAUCUCUCUCCUCCUUUUAUCUUCCUUUUCAUCUUUCUCCUUAGCUCCAUCUCAUUCUGAAGCCUCGUUCAUCGCUCAUCGCCAACUCUUGACCCUUAAUGAGAAUGCAGAUUUGCCCGAUGGUCUUGAAUUUAAACUUGACCUUAACAUUACCUUUCCCAAUCCAAGGCUUAGAAAAGCAUACAUUGCACUUCAAGCAUGGAAAAAAGCCAUGUAUUCAGACCCUUUCAAUAGCACAGGAAAUUGGGUAGGGCCAAAAGUUUGUGAUUACAAUGGUGUCUUUUGUGCACCUGCUCUUGAUGACCCAAACCAAAACGUUGUAGCUGGAAUUGAUCUCAACCAUUUUGACAUUGCCGGCUCUCUUCCAGUUGAGUUGGGUCUAUUUACAGACAUUGCUCUAUUUCACAUCAAUUCCAACAGGUUUUGUGGGAUCAUUCCUGAAAGUUUCUCAAGGCUAACUCUUCUCCAUGAGCUAGACGUGAGCAACAAUCGUCUUGUUGGACCCUUCCCAGAAGUUGUUAUAUCAUUGCCUUCACUCAAGUACCUUGAUAUUAGAUACAAUGAUUUUAACGGUGAAUUGCCACCUGAGAUUUUUGAAAAGGAUCUUGAUGCAUUGUUCUUGAACAACAAUAGGUUCGUAUCAACUAUUCCUGAAACUCUUGGAUCAUCUCCUGCUUCUGUUGUGGUGAUUGCCAAUAACAAGCUUACAGGCUGCAUUCCAAGUAGCAUUGGCAAUAUGAACAACACAUUGAACGAAAUUAUUUUCUUGAACAACAGCCUUUCAGGCUGUUUGCCAUCCGAGAUUGGAAAACUUGGAAAAGCAACAGUUUUUGAUGUUGGCUCAAAUUCAUUCAGUGGGGUAUUACCAAGGUGUUUCAAAGGUCUGAGUCAGGUCGAGCGCUUUGAUGUAUCCCACAACCUGCUUGCAGGUUUUGUUCCUGAAGGAAUAUGUAAAUUGCCUAACUUGGUGAACUUCACAUUCUCCUAUAACUAUUUCAAUGGCGAGGCACAAAUAUGCAACCCGCCAAAGAGAAAGGACAUCGCUAUGGACGAUACAAGCAACUGUUUACCAGGCAGGCCUAAACAGAAAUCGCCAAAGAUAUGCUAUCCAGUUGUAAGCAAACCUGUUGAUUGCAGCAAGUCGAUGUGUGGAGGAUCAUCAUCCAGUUCGUCCUUGCCAAAGCCGCAUCCACAACCGUCACCAUCACCUAAGGCACAUCCGCCAAAGGUACCAAAGCCAGCUCCAAUCCCACCUAAGUCAAAAUUGCCUCCAAAACCAGCUCUAUUUCCUGCACCAGCACCUAUCGAUGAUCCUCAUGAAAGAUCCCCAAUAGGCCAUUCUACUCCACCUCCACCUCCACUAGUCCAUUCACCACCUCCUCCAAUUCGCUCUCCACCACCACCUCCAGUUCACCCUCCGCCAGGACCAGUUUAUUCACUACUUCCACCGGUUCAUUCACCUCUGCCACCAGUUCAUUCUCCACCAACAGCAGCUCGGGUUCCAGCACCAGCACCUAAUGAUGAUCCUCACGACGAAUCACCAAUCGGCCAUUUUCCUUCAUCUCCACCUCCACUGGUCCAUUCACCUCCGCCACCAGUCCAUUCCCCACCUCCUCCGGUUUACUCUCCACCAUCAGCAAUCCAUUCACCACGGCAAGUUCCUUCUCCACCCCCACCAAUCCACUCUCCACCUCCACCAGUUCAUUCCCCACCACCACCAGUUCAUUCCCCACCACCACCUGUCCAUUCCCCUCCUCCUCCUCCUAUGGUUUCUCCACCACCUCCAGAGGUCGUCUUUCCACCAAAUCUCGGCUUCUUAUACUCGUCGCCACCUCCACCAAUGUUUCCAGGAUACUAA